AUGGAAGUCGUCGCCGCGGUAGCCGCGUGGGCUGUCACUUCUGUGUGCCAAAACGCUGGUUCGGAGCACUGGCUGUCGGCCGUGUGCCGGCGAGACGGCAAUGCAACAGAUCUCGCCGGAAGACUAUCCCCUGGUGCUGCCAUCUAUACUCCUGGGUCCGACGGUUUCAUCAACGCCACUUCUCGAUGGUCUGUAUUUGAUGCGCCCACAGUAAACAUCGUAGUCGUUCCGGCUACGGAAAACGAUGUGGCUGAGACGGUAAAAUAUGCCAAUGAACAGGAUGUUCCGUUCCUCGCAGUCACCGGCGGUCAUGGUGCAAUCACCACUGUUGGUCGGAUGAAGACAGGGAUUGAAAUUUGGAUGAAUCACCUGCAGGAUAUUGAGAUCUCUGCAGAUGGCGCGUCGGCUAAGAUUGGAGGGGGUUCUCUAUCGAAACGAAUACUCGAUACUCUCUGGGCCGCUGGGAAACAGACAGUGACCGGUAGCUGUGAAUGCACCAGUCUACUUGGGCCAGGAUUAGGUGGCGGUCACGGAUUCCUCCAAGGUCGACACGGACUUAUCGCAGACCAGUUUCUUUCCAUGAACAUUGUGUUUGCAAAUGGAAGCCUGCAUCACAUCGACAAAAAGACGGACGCAGAUUUGUGGUGGGCCAUGCAAGGCGCUGGGCAUAAUUUCGGCAUUGUGACGUCUGUCACGGUCAAGAUCUACGAUAUUGAGUAUAGCGACUGGGCAUACGAGAUGUUCACCGUCACAAGUGAUAAAGUUGAGAAGUUCUACCAAACCAUCAACGCCGCCAUACCCAAUAACGGAUCACUACCUGUGAAUGUCAUCCAUUACGGGUAUUUCUACAACGAUCCCACGAUUGACAGCAAGGGUCCCGUUACUGCAUUUUGGAUUCUCCAGGAGGGUGCGACUAGCGUUGAUUCGGUAUAUACUCAACCAUUUCACGACCUCGGGCCGUUUGCUACCGAAGCGGGCAGCGGUAACUACCUGGACCUGCCGGUUUGGACGGACUUGGAUAAUUCAGCUGCGCCAUGUCAGCACACCGGGUUUGCUAAUACACGAUUCCCGGUCGACAUGCAGACGUAUGAUCCUCAAGCUAUGCGCAAAGCAUACGACCUAUUCGCCAAGGCCAGCUUAGAAACACCCGCGUUCAACGGCUCGUUCUUCCUUAUCGAGGGCUACUCGUUGCAAGGGGUCAAAGCAAUACCAAGUGACACGACCGCGGUUCCCUUCAGAGAUGGUAAUUUACUUAUCGCACCGGUCAUUAGAUGGGACCCCAGCGAUUCAACGCUAGCCCAGAAAGCUACUGAUUUGGGAAACGAACUUCGGAACAUCGUUUUUGAGGCCAGCGGCCAGUCCGAACUGCUCACAUACGUCAACUAUGCCUUUGGAGACGAGACAAAGCAGAACUGGUACGGUUUUGAGCAGUGGCGUCAGGACAAGUUGUUGGCCGUGAAGGAUAAGUAUGACCCACUGCGAAAGUUCAGUUUCUAUGCGCCAAUAGCGUAA